AUGUUCGUUGAUUCUCUUGUAGAAGGAAAAUUCCCAGUAAAAGCAUUAAUUGAUACAACAUCUAAAUACAAUACUAUUAGCAGGCGCUUGUUCGAUAAGCUUGAAGAAGAUUAUGGAAUACGUCAUAUCUGUGAUCCUGUUGAGAUUCUCUAUGGAGAUGUAAUAGCAAAAAUAAGCUUUGAAUUUUCUCCUGAAGCCCGUAGUUACCAUGCUAAAAUUGUAAUAGAUGGUAUGAGUAUCCCAUUAAUCGAAGAAGGUAGCAGGUCCAUAAGUGACUCGAAAAGUCAUAAAACCAGUUCCUUUAAAAAUAACUUAUCUAAAUCAACGGAAUCUAAACCUGGUCUAGCUCAAGAGGAGAUGGCACCCAAAAAAACCAACAAAGAUCCUGAUUCGCAACUGUCGGAGAAGCCUACCAAAUCAAGAUCAGCUCUUGCACAAUUGGCCAAGGACGAUAUUACAGCAAUACUUUAUACCAAAGAGCUAAAAGGUGGGUCUAAAAAAGUUUCGGAGUGGUAUAAAAUUGGUACCCCAAAGUGUAAUAAAAUAUGGAAGUCUGAGAACCCAUACUCAUAUGUUAAUUCAAUCGAAGAUGCGAACUUGCCCAACUGGUACCCUAAUAAUACCAAAAUCGAAAAAGCAAGAAUAUCACCCGAACUAACGCCUCAACGUGAGCUGGCUAAAGGCCAAGAAAUAAUUACACCCAAGGAACCUGUUAUCAUCAAACCAGAUCCCAUCAAA